AACAUGCGUAACAGUUUGUAUCGGGAUUUCAAUCGUAUAACAUUUUGAAUUGAAUAUACUCAUCAAACUAAUCAAAAAUUUUCAUUUAAAAUGAACUGUGAAAAAUAUGAAAAGCGUCAACAAAAACUAAAUACAAACGUUAAUAAAUUUAGUAUAAAUAAUUAAAUAGUAAACACUCAUCUAUUUAAAAAAUAAAUAAAUAAAAAUAAUAUGGAUAAUAAACUGUCACUUGGAAUAAAUGUCAGUAUUAUUCUGACGCUCACAAUAUUGACUGGACUUCUUAUUCUUCCUUUAAAGCUUUUACUUCAUACUAACUAUGAAAUACAAAACAAAAAUGAAUCUCUAAUUCUUAAAGAUAGUCAAAAAGAAAUGAUUGAUUUCAAAACACUUCAAGUAUGUCCUGGAAAAUAUAAAUUUUGGAUCGAUUCAAUAUUUAUUAAUAAUUAUGAUAGAAAUUGCACUUACUCCAAUAUUGAACAAAAUUUGAAAGUUGGAACUACUAAAACCCAGAAGAUGAAAACAGACGAGACUGAUAAUCAAAAUUCUACGAGUGCCAAUAGUUCUAUUUCUGGAUUAAAAAUAAUUCGACCCAAGUCAGUUCCAGUAACAGAUUAUAUUCUAGUAAUAAUGUUAACAGUUUCAGUAAUUGGAGCAUUUGUAGAAUUUCUUAAAAUUCGUUUUACGAAUACCCAGGAUGAAUCUUCAAGUGUUGAAGGAAUAGCAUCAAGGCGGCAAUCAAUAAUGAAUUUAAUGCUACCAAGGAAAUGUACUCGUGAGUCAUUGAAAACACAAAUGUCAUUGGACGUUCCAGGAUCAAAUCGAUCAGCCGUUCGAGUUUCCGGGUCGCGUGCACCGCCGUUGAUUCGGCGAUCUUCAUUCCCAGUUUAUUUUAAUGUAGAUAAUAGUGGAAAUGAUUCUUCGACACCACCACGAUCACCACGACGACCAUCAGUAGCCAAUGCCGAUAAUGAAAUUGGCGCUUGCUUAUUACCUGUUCUUCAUCAUCGAUCACGACUUAUUCGACGACGUUGAAAUUAACUUUUGCCCUGUAAACAGUUCCACUAA